GUGAUAAAGUAUGGAGUAAGAACUCAAGCUCGACAUCAUUAUACUCCGAUAUACCCCAAUAUUAGAGAAAGAAAACGCCAACGCACCACUACCGAAGCUGUGGUGGUGAUUCAACCCACGUGGAAUAUUCUGAUGCAUGAAAUGUGAGGCUUCGGUAAUGACAUGGAUGCUGGCUUGUGUGGCUUUCUGGGCAUUCCUUUUCUGGCAAAAAUGGGGGACGAAGUAUUGCUUCUCAGUAUCUUGGCUUUCCAGUAAUAGGUCAGGCUUUCCUGCUCUCCUCAAUGUAGGACGUUGAUACACUCAUAUAUCAUUAUUUAGGCAACGACGUUUAGUUAAUCGACGUAUGAUUGGCUGAAUUGGAAUCAUGCGAGAGAUUUGUAAAAAUAGCAUGAGCCGAAGUGUUUUGAUAUUGCAUUCUUAUCUCUGAAAAGAAAACAUUGGGUGAUUACUAUGGGAAAAACUUCAAGACGGGCUAACCCUCCCGCCUUAUAGUGCCUGUCAUACAGGACACACAUCAUGGGAUAAGUCAGCCUUAAGCCACCUAGAGAAUCCUCCAUUUCAAUAGGUUUCAACCCUUGCUCUAAAGGUCUAGGCGUCCAUCCAUUUUUCUGUCACAAAACUUUGUAUGCUGUUCCUUUUCUGGAGUUGGUGGAAGAUGCUGGGAAAAGAAUUGUGUGUUUCGAGGGAUCUUUUCUUUAUAACUCCCACUUUCCGCGUCGAAUGUUCUGUGCACACGGUUGAAAGGAUUUCCGUCAUACCUUACUGAGGAUCCUCAACUUCUCAUCACAAAAACAUUCAUUCAUCGGUGCUAGUUUGUGCCUGGGCCGUUUUACAUCAUGUCAACGUCAGUAGAUAUCAACCACAACUUUGAUGGACAAAGACAUUGGUUUAAACAGUUUACCUACACCAAUCCCACCUUGAGAGAUGCAGAAAAAGCAGGCCCUCUCGAUCCAGUACCCACACAUUUCCACAGAGAUAUUUUGAAUAGGGAGACAUGGCGACCUCGAGAUCUUCUUAGAUAUAUCUCUCCUUCCUAUGGCAAACCAUAUCAUAUGCUCGUACAAGCCGCUUCCAGUCCCGAUAUUCAACCACAAGGAGAAUGGAGAAGACGACGUGUUGGAGGGAAUGCGCCCACACUUUUGAGGGUAUCCUCAUGGGCCAUCGGAAAUGAACUCGAUUCCGCUCAAAAUAUUGCCUUGGCUGUUGGAAGAUCUAUUCUUGUCCUUCCUAUCAUAAUAUUCAUCGCUGUGUAUGGGAUUACUAAUGGCGAUGGAAAAAACAGUGACAAAUAUACCAGGUUCCCUCACAAAUGCUAUGAGUAUCCAAAGCAUGCUCUGAAUCAACUAGACGCUGCUCCGAAUGCAGCGCAAUGGAUCAAAGGGCAGCGUCAAGAUGAUGGGGAUAAAACUUAUAUAACCAAGGGUGAACAAAAUCGCCUUCUUCGACCUCGUGCCUUGGUUGUAUUCCGUAACAACAAGUGGGAAGUUGUCGAAGAUGGAAGCUUUUCCGGUCCAUAUAUCUUCAUCAGUUUUGCAGCCGCCCAAUACCAAAGACCUGCCCCAACGGACCAAAACCCGGGCAAGACUGAGUUGGAUCAAGAGGCCAUUGAUCUAAGAGCAAGAAAACUCACGCUGCAUCAUGGAAUGGAAGCAUACUGGGCAGACUUCCAUUGUAGAGCAGAACUACAACCCGAAGCCACUGACGAUGUUCAUCGAUUCUGUGAUGUCACCCGCGGGGCCGAAAAGGUCUGUGUUGUAUUACCGGAUCGUUCCCCUCAAGCCCUAGUGUUCUUUGGUCAACGUCUCUGGUGUCUACCUGAAAUCUUGCUUGCCCGAGAUCAUAAAGUUAGCGUUUGCACACCUGACUUCCAGAACAAAGACGGUGUCGAUAACAUAGAAGUUGUUGAUAUCAUGGAGUUCACACAUCGAUCAUGGGCAAGGAAACUCACACCAAGCAAUGAAAUCAUACAUGAUGGGAAUGACGAAAUUUUCCGUCUGUUAGCCGAACAUUAUACUGGUUCUCUAUCGCUAAGUCGGCUUGAGCUGAUUCAAGUCGCCCUUAAAGCUUUGAAAUCCAGACAGUUCACGGAGUUUCAACGUGGAGAUAUUGCCUAUGCUCUCAUGACACUUCUCACGAAACGCCCUCGUAUGGAUCCUUCUGAUACAGAAGAGCAGGCUCUUGCCCGGCUUUCACUGGCCAAUGAUAGUGAUCAAAUUGUCGAACGCAUGGCUUGCAUGGAUGGCAUUCGCAUGACAGGUAAACCUGCGUGGUUCAAUCUCGAAGAUGAUCUUGGUGCCAAUUUAUGGGACAUCCAGCCUCUCUGUCAAGUAGCAGGCGUUUGCCAUGACGCGUCCUUGAUUCUAGAUGGUGCCCAUGCAAUCUCUAUUCGCUGGAAGGACAUUCCCAGAAUUUAUUCCCUCAGAAGAAGAUCUUGGAAAAAGCUCGGCGCUGAUUGGGCGUUGGCGUUUGGACCACUUUUAUUUAUUGUGGGAUGCGUUUUGGUGGCUCAAGGUAGUUCAGUCGGUGGAUUGGGAGCUUUCUUCUUAGUCUUGGGACUUAUUAUAUUGCUCUCAGCACCCUUUGCUGUGCUAAUUCUCUACGGCGGAAAAGUUUGGGGUGCUACACCUUGGCUUGUCGGCUUCGAAGGAACUCUUCCACUUGAUCAAAUUGAGACUCUUACAUUCGGUAACUCAAUUGGUCGUCUUCAAUACACACCGUCUAGCGGUCCAUACUGCACUCGUAAAGAAAAUGAGAGAAUUGGUGGAGAACCUCAAUUCAAUGUGUCGGAUCUUCCUCUUGGGCAUAGAUUUUUCACAUUGAUUGAUACCGGCACUAUGACUGUUACUGUUUUCUCCGCCGAGCGUCCUCCAUCUGUAGCCCUACUCGCUGGUAAAGAAGGAGGAAUGUUACGAGCAAUACUGUGCUCUUACGAAAGAUCUAAUAAUGGAUUGCGUAAAGAAUGCGUACUGAGAAUGGAGACCCCAAUGUGGGAUGCCAGCGAUGCUAUGGGGUGGGUCAAACUCACGUAGUCCUUGACGGUUAGUAUCAGAAUUCCAAUAAUAAUACUAACAAUAUUAUUAUUGACUUUAUUUUACUUUAUUAGUUUCUAUAAUAUUUUGAUAAUAAUAUAAAUAAUAUCAUUCGAUUCGUUGAAUCAAGAGGAAUUGAAUUUACUCUAGAAAUCCCA